AUGAAACAACUACAAAAACAGGUGUUCGAUUUAUUCCAUUAUCUGGAUAUUAUGAUGAGCACGCUCCAAACACUUCCAAAAAGUGCUUAUCCAUAUUUGAAGCUUACUUAUUAUCCAGGUUCGUGUGUUCCAAAACAGGAUUUCAAACUUGCUUCUGUAAAUAACUUUGAACAUUUAAUAUCAAUCAAUAAUUUUUCAUGGCACAGUGACUGGCGGUUUGGUAUUUUUUCGUUGUGA